GCCGAGGGCGACCAAAGCAACCUCGGCGUCCACCUUCUCUGACAGUAUCCGCGCUGGGCAGCGGCCCCGCGGGCCGCGCGUCGUAAUGGGCUCGGGCUGGAGCAGCGAGGAGGAGCGGCAACCGCUGCUGGGACCCGGGCUCGGGCCUGCGCCGGGGGCUGCUUGGAGAAGCAGGGGGGAGGCGGCGGCGGCGGCGGUACUGCCCGCGGCAGCCCCGAGUCCCGGGAGGGUGUACGGGCGCCGCUGGCUGGUGCUGCUGCUCUUUUCGCUGCUGGGGUUCGUGCAGGGCCUGGUCUGGAACACCUGGGGCCCCAUCCAGAACUCGGCGCGCCAGGCCUACGGCUUCUCUAGCUGGGACAUCGCGCUCCUCGUGCUCUGGGGGCCCAUCGGCUUCAUGCCCUGCUUCGCGUUCAUGUGGCUCCUGGACAAGAGAGGUCUUCGGAUAACAGUGCUUCUGACAUCCUUCCUUAUGGUUUUGGGAACUGGUCUAAGAUGCAUACCUAUAUCAGACUUAAUGCUUAAAAGAAGACUAAUCCAUGCAGGACAGCUGUUAAAUGGAUUGGCAGGUCCGACUGUAAUGAACGCAGCUCCAUUCCUCUCCACAACGUGGUUCUCUGCAGACGAGCGGGCCACUGCCACAGCUAUUGCAUCAAUGCUCAGUUAUCUUGGGGGAGCAUGUGCAUUUUUAGUUGGACCACUUGUUGUUCCAGCUCCCAAUGGGACGGCGCCUCUUCUUGCUUCAGAGAAUAGCAGGGCCCACAUUAAAGAUCGCAUAGAGACUGUAUUAUAUGCAGAGUUUGGAGUUGUCUGCUUACUAUUUUCUGCAACUCUAGCUUAUUUCCCACCGCGGCCUCCUCUUCCUCCCAGUGUUGCUGCAGCUAGCCAGCGGCUGAGUUAUCGGCGGAGCUUUUGUAGAUUAUUAAGCAAUUUGAGAUUUUUGAUGAUUGCUUUAGCAUAUGCCAUACCACUUGGCGUAUUUGCUGGCUGGUCUGGAGUUCUGGACUUAAUUUUAACACCAGUGCAUGUCAGCCAAGUAGAUGCUGGCUGGAUUGGAUUUUGGUCCAUAGUUGGAGGCUGUGUUGUUGGAAUAGCUAUGGCAAGGUUUGCAGAUUUUAUCAGGGGUAUGCUGAAACUAAUUCUUCUCCUCCUGUUUUCUGGGGCUACACUAUCAUCCACGUGGUUCACCCUGACCUGUUUGAACAGCAUCACACACCUGCCUUUAACCACAGUGACAUUGUAUGCCUCCUGUAUUCUCCUGGGAGUGUUCCUGAAUAGCAGUAUACCUAUAUUUUUUGAGCUUUUUGUGGAAACUGUCUACCCAGUUCCAGAAGGAAUUACUUGUGGAGUUGUCACUUUUUUAAGUAAUAUGUUCAUGGGAGUACUUUUGUUUUUUCUCACAUUUUAUCACACAGGCGGCAUGCAGGAUCUUAGUUCCCCGACCAGGGAUCGAACUCGCGCCCCCUGCACUUGGAAGUGCGGAAUCUUAACCACUGGACCACCAGGGAAGUCCUUAUUUGUUGUACUUUUAGAAUGUGGACUAACUUGCCUUGUGUAGUCUUUCUCUUGUGGCUUGGAACCUGGUAGGCCUCAGACAAUAACCUUCCAUCUCAGCCAACACUCAAAAAGAGAGCAAAAAGCCGCCCCACCCUAGCUGUUCUGUUCAUUCAACAAGGGAGAAUUAAUUUUUUAAAAACAGCUAAAAAAUGAAACAAAACAUGAAAUUCAUUUCAGCAACCUUGGAAAAAUGAUAAAAACACAUCAAACCAUUUUAGCUCUAAACAUACUAGCUACAUUUGGUACAUUGCGAGGCUUGGGGCUCCAGAAGGGAUGCCAGAAGAUCAGCCCUACAGCACAGCGCUCUUGGGGUUCCCCCAGGCUCUUCUAGUUUACAAGCGAGGCUUCUGCAGUCUUGAUCAAAAUGGCAAGAAUGACUUGGAGGCACUUUUGAUUUACCUUAAUGUUAGAAAAUGAUACUUCUUUAAACUACAAUUUAAUUUAGACUUCCUCUAGUUCAGAUUGGCUUUCUUCCCAUUUACCUGGAAGAAUCGUAGAAUCAGAGACAAGGAUUUAAUCCAACACCCCAUUUUACAAAUUAGUAAAUAGAGAAGCUUUCAGGUUAAAUGACAGCUCAGUUUUAGCAGAUCACUUGACUCCUACACCAGCAUUCCUUCCAUAAGUGAUCAGUGUGUUAACCAGAAAUAAUUUAAGUAAAAUUUCUUUCAAAUUUUUGAAAAUUAAAACACGUGAGU